AGCCGCCAGUGAGCGGUUUGCGCCUUAUUUUGUUUGUUAUAAUUUGUUGUUUUGAAUUGAAACCUCGCCGGUCGAUGUCUCGCGCUUUGGACAUUUCAGUUCGAUUAAGUCCUUGUAGUAAGGUAGAUGUCUAUUUAUCUAAAAGUUUGGCUGAAAACCUUUAUCUUCUCCAGUAUCUUGUUCGACCUUCUCAUUUGACCUACGAAGACAUCACACCUCUAAGUGUGAAGGUGAAACCAACUCAGAAAGAGAUUGAAAUUCAACUUCCUGUUAAUACAAAGAGCAACAAUUAUGCAUUUAGUAAAGGUGAACAGAUGGCUCUCAUGGUUGAUGGUCGAUAUAAACCUUCUGAUCAGAACUUCUUCGACAGUAAUGUCAUGGACAAAACCAUUCUUGCCUCCGGACCGUCAUCAGUCUCCACCCAUCGAUAUGCUGUUGGUAUUUACAAAGAUAAUGAGUUUCAUUUGACUCCGUUGUAUGCUAUGGCCCAAGUCAGGCCAUCAUUCUCUUAUAUGGACAGAGCAGAUGCUAAGCAAAAACUCAAUAUUAAGCAGAGUGAAGGAGGAGAAUCUUCUCAAGAGGAGGAAGAAGAAGAAGCUAAACCUGUUCGGCUGAAGUUUGCACGACAUGAAACUGUCGAAGCAAAAGCCAGACGCAUGGCAUCAUAUGAUUAUUACCAGAAGAAGCGAGAUGAAGAGCAGUGGGUAGACCUUAGAUAUCAUUCUAUGGAUGACGAUAGAUCACUAGCGGAGAGAAAUAUGCUGUUUGCUACGAAAAACCAUGACAUCAGUGAGUUUAACAUUCCACCAUGGGAGUAUUUGGAGAAAUUAAUGCCACCUGUUACUGAGGAGGAGGAGGAAAAACCAGCUCUUCCAAGCAAUAUCCUCUCUUUGAGUCAGCUACGUACAAUGCCACUCCAAGAACAGGUGAAAGCUCUUCUUAUCAAUGCAAAAGUCAUCAGGUUCCGUCAAUUGCUGGCCCUUUUACCUCAAGGAACCGACUCAACUGCUGUUAUCCGAUGCCUUCAGCAAGUUGCUGUACUUGUUCAAGGUUGUUGGGUCGUGAAAAGUGAAAUCCUGUACCCUAAAGAUGCAACUAGCCCCCACAGUGGUGUAUCUGCUGAACAUUUAUGUCGAGGAAGAGACUACCUGAUGUGGAAGUUCCUUCACACCAGAUAUGUAACCAGGAAAGAAAUAUCUUCUGUCAUAAAGUUGCCUGCUGAAGAUGUCAAGGACAUUUUAGAACAAAUGUCUCGUGUUCGUGUCAGUCAUGGAUGGGAAUUUCUCUUUGAUUAUGACAAAGAAUUUUGUAGCAGAUAUCCGGAAAUAAUCCAGCGACAGAAGGUGUUAUGGGAAGCAAAGUUUCAGAGUUUAUGUAAACAGCUGAAAAUUAAUUGUAAAGAGAUUGAGAAGAAACAUAAAGAGCAAACCACUCCAGAGAAAUGCAAGAAACCUCGCACACCGACCAAGUCUCGGAAGCGGACUAUGAGUGGCCGAAGCAUAUCUGACCAUAGUGACAUUGAGCCAGAGGGUACUGACCGGGCAGCAGCAAACAAGGAUGGAUUAGAUGAUAACUGUGUGGAAAUAUUGGAUAUCACCGGUGAUGGUCCUUUUACAAAUGAAGGUGGUUUAAGACCUUCAACAGGGGUGGAGAACAGCAACAUCAAAGGCAGUGUGUCUUUUAAUAAUCAUGUAUUUAACCAUAACGAGGAUGUGCUCCAGGGACUUCAGUCUUUUGUUAAAGAUAAGCUAAAUUCUCGUUACGUUCUAACAAUGAGCGAGGUGAAACGCUUAUUUCAAUUGAACUUGACUCAGAGUCAACCUGGUCACAUUUUAAGUUCCGGUGUGUCAGACCAGAUGCUAGAACAAGCUGCACUUGAUGUCGGAGGAAUCAGACUAAACGACCGGUGGCCUAAACAAUACAUUGAGGAACCUGUAUUCAUAGCUUCCAGAAUUGGUGACGGAUUAGAUCCGAUGAGAGGUGUACUUAUUGGUAUGUUACAGACUUCUUGUCGUGUAGCAUCGAACCUGUUCAAGAAGAAAGUGGAUGAGGUACUUGGUUGCCCCAUCUCUGAGAGCGACUGUAAAAAAUUGUUACGGGAUUAUUGUAUCACAAAAGGGUCGUGUUGGUAUUUGAAAGGGGUCAGCACAGAGGAGUCAUGACACCACCACCACUGUCACAUUUCCUUGUUGACUUCUGCCAUCAUUCUAUUAAAUUAUCACAUAUCAACGUGGAUAUCUUCUUUUCUUCACUGGGAGAUAUUGCAUGGUUGUGUGUCUGCAACACAAUUUGAUAUUUUCACAUUGAAAAAAACAAAACAAAACAACUAUAACAAAAUUGCAAAAAUCUCUACAAAGAUACAAAGGAUGUAUUCAAGGAGAGAAAUUCAUUAAGAACAACAACAACAACAAUAAUUAAAAUUAUUAAAAAUAAUUAAAAUCUGCUUGUAAAUAAAGUUUGUUACUAAUCAAUUUGUAAAUGUAAAAAUAAUGAUAAAAAUUAUUCUUUAUUCACUCAAUAAAAAAAGAAAAACUGCUAAACUAUUUAUUUUACUCAAACAAGUGAAAUAAAUACCAGAUAUCUGUAUUUUGUGUUUGGCUAUUUCUAAUCAAUAUA